CCCGGGCCGGCAGCGCUGGGAAAAUGGCGGUGCGGAAGAAGGACGGCGGCCCCAACGUCAAAUACUACGAGGCCUCGGACACCGUGAGCCAGUUCGACAGCGCGCGCGUCUGGCUGGGGAAGAACUACAAGAAGUACAUUCAAGCAGAACCACCCACCAAUAAGUCAUUGUCCAGCCUAGUGGUGCAGCUGCUUCAGUUCCAAGAGGAGGUGUUUGGGAAGCAUGUCAGUAAUGCACCUCUCACAAAGUUACCGGUCAAAUGCUUCUUAGAUUUCAAAGCUGGUGGUGCUCUCUGUCACAUCCUUGCAGCAGCCUAUAAAUUCAAGAGUGACCAAGGAUGGCGGCGUUUCGAUUUCCAGAAUCCAUCGCGGAUGGAUCGCAAUGUGGAGAUGUUUAUGACCAUUGAAAAAUCAUUAGUGCAGAACAAUUGCCUCUCCCGGCCUAACAUCUAUUUGCAUCCAGACAUCGACCCUAAAUUGCAGGCCAAACUGAAAGACAUCAUCAAACGGCACCAGGGAACCGUAACAGAAGAAAAGAAUAAUGCUUCCCAUAUUGUCUUUCCUGUUCCUGGAAGCCUCGAGGAAGAAGAAUGGGUUCGGCCCAUCAUGAAGAGAGACAAACAGGUUCUUCUGCACUGGGGUUACUACCCUGACAGCUAUGACACUUGGAUCGCAGCAAGUGAAAUUGAAGCCCCUGUGGAAGAUGCUCCAACAGCUGAGAAGCCCCGGAAGGUCCAUGCUAAGUGGAUCCUAGACACAGAUACUUUCAAUGAGUGGAUGAACGAAGAAGACUAUGAGGUAAACGAUGAGAAGAAUCCCGUCUCCCGUAGAAAGAAAAUCUCUGCAAAGACUCUCACAGAUGAGGUUAACAGUCCUGACUCAGACCGACGAGACAAGAAGGGGGGAAACUAUAAAAAAAGGAAGCGUUCUCCCUCCCCUUCACCUACUCCAGAAGCUAAGAAGAAGAAUGCCAAGAAAGGGCCUUCCACUCCCUAUACCAAAUCGAAGCGUGGACACCGGGAAGAGGAGCAAGAAGACCUCACAAAGGACAUGGAUGAGCCUUCUCCUGUCCCCAAUGUUGAAGAAGUCACACUACCGAAAACAGUGAACACCAAGAAAGACUCUGAAUCUGCUCCUGUGAAGGGUGGCACUAUGACUGAUUUGGAUGAACCAGAGGAUGAAAGCAUGGAGACUGCAGGAAAGGAUGAAGAAGAGAACAAUGCUGGCAACAAAGGGGAGCAGACAAAGAACCCUGACCUUCAUGAAGAUAACGUGACAGAACAGACCCAUCACAUUAUCAUCCCCAGUUACGCAGCCUGGUUCGACUAUAACAGUGUUCAUGCCAUUGAACGAAGAGCCCUCCCAGAGUUUUUCAAUGGCAAGAACAAGUCCAAGACUCCUGAAAUCUACUUGGCAUACCGCAAUUUCAUGAUUGACACAUACCGGCUCAACCCUCAGGAGUACCUAACCUCAACUGCCUGUCGUCGGAAUCUGGCUGGAGAUGUCUGUGCCAUCAUGAGGGUCCAUGCCUUCCUAGAACAGUGGGGACUCAUUAAUUAUCAAGUGGAUGCUGAGAGCCGGCCAACACCAAUGGGACCACCGCCUACAUCUCAUUUCCACGUUCUGGCUGACACGCCUUCAGGGUUGGUGCCACUGCAGCCUAAGACUCCCCAGGGUCGUCAGAGUGACAGUGAUACCAAGACUGGCCGGAAAACCAAGGAGAUUGAGGACCUUGUCACAGAGACGGUGAAAGGGAAACCUGAAAUGCAGACCACAGCUUCCCAGCAGAUGUUGAACUUCCCUGACAAAAGCAAGGAGAAGCCACCAGACAUGCAAAACUUUGGACUGCGUACUGACAUGUACACCAAGAAGAAUGCUCCCUCCAAGAGUAAAGCUGCUGCCAGCGCUACUCGUGAGUGGACGGAGCAGGAGACACUUCUGCUGCUGGAGGCCUUAGAGAUGUACAAGGAUGACUGGAACAAGGUUUCUGAGCAUGUUGGCAGCCGCACUCAGGACGAGUGCAUCCUACACUUCUUGCGCCUCCCCAUUGAGGACCCUUACCUGGAGGACUCGGAGGCCUCUCUUGGGCCCCUAGCCUACCAGCCCAUCCCCUUCAGCCAGUCAGGCAACCCUGUCAUGAGCACCGUGGCUUUCCUGGCUUCUGUCGUGGACCCUCGUGUGGCAUCCGCAGCGGCCAAGUCGGCCCUAGAGGAAUUCUCCAAGAUGAAGGAAGAGGUGCCAACAGCCUUGGUUGAAGCUCACGUCCGCAAGGUGGAGGAAGCCGCCAAGGUGACAGGCAAGGCAGACCCGGCAUUUGGGCUGGAGAGCAGCGGAAUUGCAGGGACCACAUCCGAUGAACUGGAGAGAAUAGGUGAGGGGGGCGAGCGGGGCGCCUUCCGCGCUUCAACCCGUGAAGUGCCCUCGUUGGACCUCGCCCAGUGUGCGGUGGGGACUAAGAAGGGUGCCGAGACGCAAGAGACCAGAGCCGGCCUGGCUUCCGGCCUGGAGCUCACACUCAAUCGCAUGGCUCAGGAAGAGAGCUGCACAGAUGAGAGUCGAGCAGAACCGCAACCAUCAGAGGAGAAGAAAGAGGUGAAGGAGCCAAGAGAAGGAUCCCUGGAGGAGGAAGUAAAAGAGAAACUCGGAGAGGGCCCUAGGAAAGAAGAAGAUAAAAACAAAGAGGCUGAUGGAGAGAAGGAAAUGGACAAGAAUGAUGGGGACCCUAUGGCUGAUGGAGACAAGGAGAAAGAGCCCAAAGAUGGCCAGGAAGAGGGACCCAAGGAUCUUGCCGAGAUUGAGGGUGAAAGGAAGACCAAGGUGGAGAGGGACAUUGGUGAAGGUAACCUCUCCACUGCAGCAGCUGCUGCUCUGGCUGCUGCAGCAGUAAAGGCAAAGCACUUGGCAGCAGUGGAGGAGCGUAAAAUCAAGUCUCUGGUGGCAUUGCUGGUGGAGACACAGAUGAAGAAACUUGAGAUCAAGCUGAGGCAUUUUGAGGAACUGGAGACCAUCAUGGAUCGGGAGCGUGAGGCACUGGAGUACCAGAGACAGCAGCUCCUGGCCGACCGACAAGCCUUCCACAUGGAACAGCUUAAGUAUGCAGAGAUGCGUGCUCGCCAGCAGCAUUUCCAACAAAUGCACCAGCAGCAGCAACAGCAGCAGCCGCCACCUCUCCCUGCUGGCUCACAGUCCCUCCCAUCCUCGGGGGCUCCCCUGGCACCCACCGCUCAUUCCAUGCCUGUCUCCCAGACACCUGUGCCAGCUGCCAGCUCCAUAGGCCAGCCCAGCAGCCUGGCUCAGACAGAACAGAUCGGGCAGCCAGUGGCAGUUCAGCCACAGCCAGCAGCAGCUGGAGCACCACAAACAGGGCCCAGUCAAACUGGACAGCCUUCUGCAGGUUCUCAUGCCCAGCCUCCGUUCCCUAGCCAGCAGCCAUCGUCCCAGAUCCUCCCCGGGGCAGUCCCAGCAACCGUUCACCCUGCCAUGGCUGGUAAUAUCCCCUCCGCUCUGCCUUUUGGAAUGCCUGCCUCCAUCCCAUUUAGCAUGGCUAGUAACGUAACAGACUCCAUCGGCAUUAACUUUCCUGCUAACACACCCAUCCAUCCAGUGCAUGGUAACCUUGCGUGCAGCAUGGCUAAUCCACCUGUCAUCAACGUCUCUAGCACUGCUGCCCCACUGCCUCUUGGUUCUGCAGCUGCCCAGAGCCCAGCUAUCGUGGCGGCAAUGCAGGGCAGCCUCCUUCCAAAUGCUGUUUUUUCAUCAGAUCAAGGACCGUCGCUGCAGCCAGACCCUCUCGCUCCCAGCCCCAGCACGGCCACACCAGUCCCACCCACACAGUGAGAAGCUGCUCUUCUUCCAGAGGCCUCCUUGACCAGCCAUCCCCAGGUGGAAGGACAGAACCCCCAAAUCGUGUUUAACAUGGAUUCUGGUUGGGUGGGUUUUUAAAAAGCUUCAAACAGUGCUCCAAGGAGGAAAAGAAUCUGCCUCUGUUGACUUCCCCUCCCCUGUGUGUCUCUGUCCCAGCUGUUGUCUCCAAUGCUUUUUUUGUAUCCAGUUGUACUAAGACUUUUUAUUUAAAGGUGUUUCUAAUUGGUGAGGGGGGGGGACAACUCUAUCUCCAAAUAGCCAAUGCUAUUUAUAGGGGGCUUUGAUUUUAAACCUGGUUGAAAAGGGAGUUUAACUCCUCCUUUGUGUCUGUCUUGCUUUUUUUAAAAAACAA